AUGGCAUGCACAAGGUUAAUGGCAAGAGCAACAGCAAAAGACAGGUUGUCUGCAUUAUCAGACGAUAUUCUUUUAAAUCACAUUUUGUCAGAGAUUUCUUACAGAGAUGUCGUACGCUCUUCCCUACUCUCACAGAGAUGGCGGUUCUUGUGGAGGAAAAUGCCAAGCCUCAAGUUUUGUCCUGAGGAUUUUGAGAAACAAAAAGAUGGCAGGAUACAGGCCAUAAUUAACAAUGCCCUGGUCCACCUCGAUGCUCCUCUUUGUUGUUUGAAUCUUCAAGUCAACUUGGAUGACCCUAAGGCUGCCCAUAUCAACACUUGGAUUCGCCUUGCAGCUGAAAAGCAGGUGGAGCGUAUGAAUGUACACAUCUCUAAUAAAGAUCCGAAGACGAGGCUUAAGGAUUCUUCCAUGGUGGAACUUGGGGACUCUAUUUUUAGCUGUGAAAACCUCACUGUCCUAAUGGUGCAAUACGUCCAACUUCCCAAGAUACCCACUGAUUUUGGAGUUUUCCGAUCCUUAAAACACUUUACUGUGUUUGUAUGUCGAAACUGGAUGGUCCUGUUGAUAACUGAUGGUCCUGUUGAUAACUGA